CUGCUGCUGCUGCUGUCGUGUGGGUUUCUUUACUCUCCCUUGCAGCCUGGGUGACGGCUUCCCUUGCAGCCUGGGAAAGUAGGUUAAAGAGAGAAGGAGCUCAAUUCACACACUGGCAAAGGAGCAUCUCGCCACACAGAGACAGUGGAGAACACACCUUCCUUGGGCAGUUUUUCAGAUCAUCUUUUUUUUCUACCGGAUUUUCUCUCUGUUCUCUCUUGUCCAAAAUUGUUUCUUUCACUUUCCCUUCCCCUGCCUGGGCUUUCUGAAGGCUUUGUUAAGCCUCCGAGGGAAAAGAGCCUUGAGUGCAAGAGACUGGCAGAGUGGCAAGGACCCCAAAGUGGCCCAGCCCCGCUCUGCCUCUGCUGUGGAUGCAAACCCUCCGUGUCUAAAAGCUCCGGGCGCGAGCAAACACGCACAUUCAUUCACUCCAGAGUCCAGCGCGGACCCGCACCUCGGCCAGGCCACCAUGGUCGCCAGAGUUCAGCCGGAUCGGAAACAGUUGCCGCUGGUCCUACUGAGAUUGCUCUGCCUUCUUCCCACAGGACUGCCCGUUCGCAGCGUGGAUUUUAACCGAGGCACGGACAACAUCACCGUGAGGCAGGGGGACACGGCCAUCCUCAGGUGCAUUGUGGAAGACAAGAACUCCAAGGUGGCCUGGUUGAACCGUUCUGGUAUCAUCUUUGCUGGUCAUGACAAAUGGUCUCUGGACCCUCGGGUUGAGUUGGAGAAACGCCAUUCUCUAGAAUACAGCCUUCGAAUCCAGAAGGUGGAUGUCUAUGAUGAGGGUUCCUACACUUGUUCAGUUCAGACACAGCAUGAGCCUAAGACCUCCCAAGUUUACUUGAUUGUGCAAGUUCCACCAAAGAUCUCUAACAUCUCCUCGGAUGUCACUGUGAAUGAGGGUAGCAAUGUGACCCUGGUCUGCAUGGCAAAUGGCCGUCCUGAACCUGUUAUCACCUGGAGACACCUUACACCAACUGGGAGAGAAUUUGAAGGAGAAGAAGAAUAUUUGGAGAUAUUGGGAAUCACCAGGGAGCAGUCAGGCAAAUAUGAGUGCAAAGCAGCCAAUGAAGUCUCUUCCGCGGAUGUCAAACAAGUCAAGGUCACUGUGAACUAUCCUCCCACUAUCACUGAAUCCAAGAGCAAUGAAGCCACUACAGGGAGACAGGCUUCACUCAAAUGUGAGGCCUCGGCAGUGCCUGCACCUGACUUUGAGUGGUACCGUGAUGACACCAGGAUAAAUAGUGCCAAUGGCCUUGAGAUUAAGAGUACAGAAGGCCAGUCCUCCCUGACAGUUACCAAUGUCACUGAGGAACACUACGGCAACUAUACCUGUGUGGCUGCUAACAAGCUGGGGGUCACCAAUGCAAGCCUAGUCCUUUUCAAGCGUGUUUUACCCACAAUUCCCCACCCCAUCCAAGAAAUUGGCACCACCGUGCACUUCAAGCAAAAAGGACCUGGGUCGGUGAGAGGAAUAAAUGGAUCCAUCAGUCUGGCCGUACCACUGUGGCUGCUGGCAGCUUCUCUGCUCUGCCUUCUCAGCAAAUGUUAAUAGAAUUAAAAAAUUUAAAAUAAUUUUAAAUAAACACACAAAUGCGUCACACAAAUACAGAGAAAGAGAGCGAGAUGGAGGGAGACUGCUUAUUUCACAACUUUGUGUGUUCAUAAAUGAAGGGGGUAAAUGAGAAAAAAAGAAGAUAAUACAAAAUUUCAAACCAUUUCUAAGUCGAUCAAUAAAAAAUUGUGAAUAUAA